AUGUUCUCUACUUGUAACCGCUGCGAGAAACGUGAACUGAUUUUACAUGGUUUUGAAGAUGCGCUAAUGAAACCUCACGCUUGUCGUUACAGUUGGUGCGUCACGUUUGAGUUAUACCGUGAGAAGUGUUUGGAAAUCAGGGAGCAGUUCGAUCGCAACAAAAACCUGACGAACCCCAAGCAG